AUGUUGUUGAUUCAGCAGUUUGUGCAGCCGAAAGUCUGCGGCUACCCCAGACUCAAGGGCCCUUCCUUCUGCUUCUUAAUUACUCACACAUCUGGGCAGAAAUUGUUAUUUGAUCUGUCUGUUCGUCAAGAUUUUGAAAACUUAGCCCCGACGGUGGUCGAUGCCAUCCGCAAUCCCCUUCACGAUUGGCAUCUCUCCACCUCAAGGGACGUCUCCGAAGUCCUCUCCGAUAAUGAAGUCCGGCUGCCCGAUGUGCGCGCCAUAAUAUGGUCACAUUUUCAUUUUGAUCAUGUUGGCAAUCCGGCUUUGUUUCCGGCAGGUACGAAAUUGAUUGUUGGGCCUGGGUCCAGGGCGGCGAUCGGCAAUGGAUAUCCUAAUGAGCCGGAUGCACCUGUUUUAGCCAGUGACUGGGAAGGACGAGAGCUGGUAGAGCUUGAUUUCGGGGAUAACGGCGAUAUUUUGCAAAUUGGUCAGUUCAAAGCUCUCGACUGGUUCGGAGAUGGGAGCUUUUUCAUCCUCCAUACUCCAGGGCAUGCUGUUGGCCAUCUGUGUGGCCUCGCUAGGGUAGAAGAGGACUCAUAUGUUCUCAUGGCUGGAGAUUGCGCCCAUCACCCAGGAGAAUUUCGGCCCUCGUCCCUGGCUCCGCUUUAUUCACCGUCCUCCACCAAUUACCAGUCGAGCCAAACCUCUGGUUAUGGACAAACCGCACCGUUUUUUCAACCUGCAAAGAAUUAUACACAUGAUUACAAUGAGUGUCUCGCAACAUUGGAAGGCAUCGCACAAUUCGAUGCUGAGGACAAUGUCUUCUUACUUCUCGCCCAUGACAAUCAUGCGCUGUCUCUAUUUGAGGAAAAGGAUGACCUUGGAAUGAGGUGGCUCUUUCCGGAGAAGAGCAUAGAUAGGUGGCGAAAGGAAGGACUGAAGCAAGCUGUUCAUUGGAAGUUCCUCGCCGAUUUUGGCCGCUUAGUUGACUAG